AUGUUAAAUGAAGAUUAUUCAAAUGAAAAUCGAAAACCAAAAACCAUCCGAAAAACAAAAAAAAAUUCGAAUGUAACAAAAAACAAGAAGAAAAAAUGUAAUUGUCGUUCCGGAUGUUCAAAACGUUCUUGUUAUUGUUAUAAAUCCAAUAGUGGAUGUGAUUCAACAUGUGGAUGUGGUCCAUCAUGUCAAAAUUUAUUCAAUCACCUUGAAUUUUUCUUUGGUGAAGAUAGCAAAUGUAUUGCCAAUUCAUGCUUUUCUGAUUGGCUUGUAAAAAAUGUUAAAACUUCAGAUGCAUUACAAAACAUCAAUCGUGAAGCAUUAGUAAAAAAAAUCAUCGAAUGUGGCAGAUUUUCCGAAGUAGAUGAUGAUGAAGAUUUUAAAGAAUGGUCACAAAAAUGGAAACAAAUUGAAGUCGAUGAUAAAAUAAGUCAUAUGCAAAAAUUAUUUCGAAUGCUUCUAUCAAAUGAUGCAACAACACGUUAUUUUUCAUUUUGUAAUGAUGAUCUUGCUGAAGAAGAUUGCGAUUGGCAUUGUUCUAUUUGUAAAUCAUGCCGUGAUUGGCGUGAAUGGCAUUGUGAUGGUUGUAACAAAUGUGCAUAUGGUACAUCUGGACCUUGCCAACGAUGUGAAAGAAAAAGUGAAAUGUUUAGUUUUUGGUAG